UGGACUUUUCACUGUAUUGUGGGGAUUUUUAUGGAAAAUGGCAUUGAGGCGGCCUUCGCUCAUCAUCCUUGCCCGGAAUGGACGCUCCCAUGGGACAGCUUACCAGACGCCAUGAACCCCACGGAAGGGAAAAUGUCAAACAUCCGCACAGUAAGGAAGAGGCAACAGCUGAAUAAUUUAGUUGCCAUGGUGACGCAGCUAGCCAAACCAGGAUUCACUGUGGUGGAUUUCUGCAGUGGAACGGGCCACGUGGGCAUCGUUCUGGCUCACGCCCUCCCACUUUGUCAGGUCAUUCUCAUCGAAAACAAGGAAGAAUCUCUGAUCAGGGCGCACAGUCGCAGUGUAGAACUCGGUCUACAAAACAUUGGCUUCAUUCAGGCAAAUUUAGAUUAUUUCACCGGACCCUUCCAAAUUGGGGUCGCGCUCCACGCGUGUGGCGUGGCGACAGACAUGGUGAUGGAACACUGCAUCCAGGCAGGCGCCGCGUUCGUCAUCAGCCCUUGUUGCUACGGCUUCAUCCAGAAUGCCGUAAAGUUCACCUUCCCGCGCAGCAAAAAGUUCCAGGAAGCGCUUAUUUACAAGGAACACAUGAUGUUGUGCCGUUUUGCCGACCAAACUGCUCCCCAGCUUCCUCCUGAGAGGCGACUCAUAGGGAAGCAGUGCAUGGGCCUCGUAGACUUGGACCGGUCGUGGUGCGCGGAAUCUCACGGCUACAGGGUGCAGGUGAUGACCAUGGAGCCGGAGACUUGCUCGCCAAAGAACAAUAUGCUGGUCGGAAGGCCCAGCGUUGAAGAUGGCCCUCACUAAGAGUGUGAGAGUAUCAAAUGGAAACUUGAUUUGCUUUUUUUUUUUUUUUUUUUUUUUUUUUUUAAUGUUGAAGGGGUCUACAGUCGUCACAUUUGCAUCAAUAAAGAUGGAGGCUUGUUCUUAAU